AUGGCAGCCGCUGCUGCAUCCGCUGCUGCGCUCGACCCGGGCAACAGCACCAAGAAUACUCUUAAACUCGAAAACACCGAGAAGAGAGACACUCUUGUCGCCAUCGAGAAGAAAUACCAGGCACAAUGGAAAGAGAAGAAAGUGUUCGAGAUCGAUGCCCCGUCUCUCUCGGAGGUCCCUGCCAGCACCAUGUCUGCCGCAGAGCUUCGGGAGAAGUACCCAAAGUUCUUCGGAACCAUGGCAUAUCCCUAUAUGAACGGUACUCUUCACGCUGGUCACAGUUUCACGGCCAGUAAAAUCGAAUUCAUGACCGGCGUUGCCCGCAUGGAGGGUAAGAGGGCUCUUUUCCCUCUCGGAUUCCACUGCACGGGUAUGCCUAUCAAGGCCUGCGCAGACAAGCUUGCCGACGAAGUCCAGAAGUUCGGCAAGAACUUUGAGCGCUACAGCGAAGAGAGCGAGGAGCAGGACCCCACUGCAGUUGCAGCGCCUACGCAGGAAGUCAGGGCUGAGCAAGAGAAGUUCUCCGGAAAGAAGAGUAAGGCCGCUGCGAAGACCGUGAAGAUGAAGUAUCAGUUUCAAAUCAUGUUGGCCAUCGGCUUGCCUCUUGAGGAGAUCCACAAGUUCGCCGAUGCUAACCAUUGGCUUCAACACUUCCCACCCCUUGCCAUUCGCGACCUCGACAGCCUCGGUGCUAGAGUGGAUUGGCGCAGAGAGUUCGUCACGACCGACGCCAAUCCUUACUACGACUCUUUUGUGCGCUGGCAGAUGAAUCGCCUCCACGAGCUUGGCAAGAUCCUAUACGGCAACCGCUAUACUAUCUAUUCGCCGAAGGAUGGCCAGCCUUGCAUGGACCAUGACCGCACGGAGGGUGAGGGAAUUGGUCCGCAGGAAUACACCGCGAUGAAGUUGCAGGUGAAGGAGUGGGCCCCAGAAAUUUCUGAGCUGGUCAAGGGAAAGAUUGAGGAUGAUGCCAAGGUUUACUUCGUGCCUGCCACUCUGCGUCCAGAGACAAUGUACGGACAGACUUGCUGCUUCCUUGGUCCCAAGAUCAAGUACGGAAUUUUCAAGGUCAAGGAAAAGGAAUACUACGUCGUGACCAAGAGAGCGGCCUGGAACAUGGCAUUCCAGGGAAUUUUCUUCGACAGCGAACACUUCCCCAAGACGCAGGACCAGCUGCCACUCAUCCUAGAAGCGCCUGGUUCCGCCUUUGUGGGUACCCUUGUUAACGCCCCACUGUCGUUCCACACCGAGGGUGUGCGCAUUCUGCCUAUGGAGGGUGUCUCUGCCACCAAGGGUACCGGCGUCGUUACGUCAGUCCCCUCUGACAGCCCAGACGACUACGCUACUUUGAUCGACCUUGCAAAGAAGCCAGAAUACUAUGGUAUCAAGAAGGAAUGGGCCGAGCUGGAGAUCUUCCCUCUUAUUGAGACCCCGACAUACGGUAACCUCACCGCCCCUACGCUUGUCAAGAAGCUCAAGAUCAACUCUCCCAAGGAUGUCAACCAGCUUGCACAGGCCAAGGAGCUGGCGUACGGCGAAGCCUACUACAAGGGUACUAUGUUGGUUGGUGAAUUCAAGGGCGAGCCAGUGAGCGCCGCUAAAGAGAAAAUCCGCAAGUCCCUCUACGACAGCGGAGAUGCCUUCCCUUUUGCUGAUCCUAUGGGUAAGGUUGUUAGCAGAAGUGGAGAUGACUGUGUCGUUGCCUACCUUGGUCAGUGGUUCUUGAACUAUGGUGAGAACGACGCGGAGUGGCAGCAGGAAACCUUGAAAUAUGUCGCCAACGACCUCAACACGUACCUGCCCGAGACCAAGCACGGUUUCGAGAAGAACCUAUCGUGGCUGAAUCGAUGGGCCUGUGCGAGAACCUAUGGUCUGGGAUCCAAGCUCCCAUGGGACCCUAAAUUCCUCGUUGAGAGUUUGAGUGACAGUACGGUCUACAUGGCUUACUAUACCGUUGCUCACUACCUGCAUGGCGACCGCUAUGGUACCACGCCCGGUCGGCUAAACAUCAAGCCGGAGCAGAUGACUGAUGAGGUCUGGGACUACAUCUUCACGAGACGUKAGCUUAGCGACGAGCUCGUCGCAAAGAGCGGUAUCAGCAAGGAUGCACUGCUGAAGAUGCGUAGAGAGUUCGAGUACUGGUACCCUCUGGAUGUGAGAGUUUCCGGCAAGGACCUCAUUCAAAACCAUUUGACUUUCUUCCUCUACAAUCACAUCGCGCUCUUCCCACGGGAAUACUGGCCCCGCGGUGUCCGUGCAAACGGACACUUACUCCUGAACGGAGACAAGAUGAGCAAGAGCACGGGCAACUUCCUUACGCUUAGAGAUGCUGUUGACAAGUUCGGUGCUGACGCCUCUCGUAUUGCAUUCGCCGAUGCUGGUGAUGGAAUCGAAGACGCCAACUUCGACGAGAAUGUCGCAAACAGCAAUAUUCUCAGACUCUUCACGCUCAAGGAGUGGAUUGAGGAGACUGUCAAGGACAACUCCCUGCGCAMAGAUCCAGAAUACUCGUUCUGGGACAAGCUGUUCGAUAAUGAGAUGAACAGCCUGGUUCGCGAGGCCAUCAAGCACUACAAAAACACCGAUUUCAAGCUCGCCCUGAAAUCCGCUCUCUUUGACUUGACCAACGCUCGUGACGUCUACCGUGAGGCCGCAGUUUCCGCUGGUGUCGGAAUGCACCGUGAUGUGGUCCUGCGCUAUGUUGAGCUCCAGGCUCUGAUGAUCGCUCCCAUUGCGCCUCAUUGGGCUGAAUACAUCUGGCUCGAGGUUCUGAACAAGCCUGAGACAAUCCAUUAUGCUCGCUUCCCGGACGUCCCCGAGCCGUCCGUUGAGCUUUCGGCCGCCCUGAACUAUGUUCGUUCCACCUCUUCGAGUAUCACAUCGGCUGAGGCUGGAUUCGUUAAGAAGCUUUCCAAGGGCAAGACGAUGUUUUUCGACCCUCGCAAGCCCAAGAAGCUUACCAUCUACGCCGCGAAGAAGUACCCUGCCUGGCAGGAGAAGUACAUCGACCUUGUGCGGGAAGCAUUCGAUGCUGUCAGCCUCUCUAUUGACGACAAGGAGCUGAACGCCAAGGUUGGCAAGCUCGGUGAGAUGAAGAAGGCUAUGCCUUUCGUUCAGACCCUGAAGACCCGCUUGAUCAAGGCCAAGGAGGCUCCCGAGAACGUUUUCUCGCGGAAGCUUCCCUUCGAUGAAUUUGUUGUUCUGAAGGAGAUGCUUGGUAACCUGAAGCGGACGACUGGCUGCAAGGAGAUUGAGGUCAUUGCUGUUGAUGAAGGUGGCAAGACCGGUGAGGUGCUGGGUACUGGUGAGAAGAGAGAAGGUCUGUCGGCUGAAAACGCGGUUCCUGGUCAGCCCACCUUCGGCUUUACCAAUAUCGCUGAGUAG